UGUUGUUUACAUUGCCUACAGAUGUGACAACUCAUUGAACUGUUUUUACUUAGGCUAGAUAAAACAAAUUUAAGAGAUUCUUAAUAGUUUUAAAAACAAAACGACUAACGAAGACAAAUAUAUAGACUUAGAAGACAGAUCUAUCUAGUAUUUUUAAUGGACCGUUCGCUCUGGGAUAUUGCUAUCGAGCAAGCAAGUCGUAGCAAAGGAAAUGAAAACUCGUUAUCUGAAUCUGAAGAGUCAACAGUGAUUCUUGUUGGCAGUAAAAAUUCAGGAAAGACAUCAAUUUUGCUGCGAUAUGCUGACAGAGAUGAGCCACCAAAGCCUACUGUGGCACUUGAGUACACACAUGCCAAAAAACCUAAAGGUGUCACAAUUGCAAAAGAUGUUGGUCACAUUUGGGAACUUGGCGGUGGAACUUGGCUGACAAAACUUAUAGACAUUCCAAUCAAUCCAAAUAUACUUUUGAACACAACUCUGAUCUUAGUGCUGGACUUAUCUGCUCCUGCUGAGCUGUGGACCACCAUGGAAACUCUGUUGAAGGCGGCCGAGUCCAGGGUGAAAGAGGCCAUCAGAGAAGCUCAGGCUGUUGACCCUCAGAUUGAAAAAAAGCUGAAGAAGAAAGCUAUGGAGAGGGUCGGCGAGGAUCAUCCGGACAAAGAUGAACUAAGGCCAUUUCUGUUGCCAUUGGUUAUCAUUGGGAGCAAGUAUGACAUUUUUCAGGACUUUGAUUCAGAAAAGAGAAAGAAUAUUUGUAAAACUUUAAGAUACGUUGCACAUGUGUAUGGUGCUACACUUCAGUUCUUUAGUAUCAAACAUGAUCAGCUGGUCACAAAGCUCAAAAGUCUUUUAACUUAUUGUCUUUUUAACAAAGAUUUCAGUAAAGCAAAUCAGGUGGACCACAACAAACCCAUCUUUGUAUAUCCAGGCCAAGACACUAAAAAACAAAUAGGUCCACCUCCCUUGUCAGAAAGUGAUAUCGGAAAAUAUAAGCCAGAAGACACGAUAAGUUUGUGGAAAAAUGCUUUUACUAAAUUAUUCCCCCAAACUAGUGUAAACAAUCCAGCAGCUAUUGAUGAUCCAGGGAAAGAUCCACAGUAUGCUGAACCUGACAUCGACACACUCAGGACACAGAAGGAUGAAGAGCUUGAACGAUACAGAAAGCUGGCAGAGAGAAAAGCCAGGGAUGUUGAACAAAAUGGCUACAUCAUUGCUUAAAGAACAUGCAUUCAUCACUCAAACAUUGUUCCUGUACAACCAUCACACACAGAAGCGACAGCAGCAAUUAAAUGACCCUAAGUAUAAAAAAUAGAUUUUAAUCUGCUUUUAUUUAAAGCAGGAUUGAAUGUUUUACCACUUUGUGUUUUUUUUAAUCUCCACUAUAGAUCUCCUACUGUUGCUAUUUAAGACAUAAUUUACUUGUGUUUUUUUACAUAGAAAAGUUAUUUAUUAUGAAUAUAAGAACAUUUGGUUAGGAUAUUAACUAUGUUGAAAAAUUCCGUCCAGAUUUUAUUUAAGGUUUUUUUUUCAUAGUUGUUAAGCUUGUAAUGUAAAGCACACAACUGCCUUGUUGUUAAAGCUU